AUGAAUGACCCGAGCGUCUCCAUGGCGUACUCCCCGGGCGUCCUCAUUGGCAACUGGUACGAGGAGAUGCGAGCGCGUGAGGACAAAGUAAGCUUUUACAAGUCGGUGGCUAAGAUUGGUGGGACGCACGGGGGCGCAUCCUUGGCGCUGACCGAGGCCACCGACCUCGGCGACCUGAAGGACGUUGUUGUUAUUGGCCAGCCGCUUCAGUUGGUGAACGUCGCCACAGGGGCAGCGCUGGCGCUGGACACGGCCCUCCGCUUCGCCCCAAAACCCCCGCAUCAGUUUCUAGUGACUGCAGCCGACGCUCCGCAGCCGCAGGUGCGCUCGACGUGGGUGCUGCACCGGGCGAAGGAUGAGAACAAUAUCGCCUACACCAAGGAGCUGCACGAGGAGCAUGUGUUGCACUACGGUCAGCGGGUGCGGAUUGCCAACGAGGAUGCCUCGCCGGAUGGCUUCUGUUACCUGCGCUCCGGUGUGCGAGACAUUGGCCACGCGGGCCAGCAACUGCUGACCGCGGCGCUUGGGGCCUGCAAGGACGAUGUCUUUGUGGUGGUGAAGCCCGGUGAAAGGCGCGAUGACAUCUGCGACGGCGCCCCGGUGCAGUUGGGGGACGCCGUGGCCUUCUUCCACGCCGCCACCAAUCAACCGAUUCGCUGCACCCGGGUGCAGCAAAGCACGUCGUUUGGGUACGAGUUUGAGGUGAGCUGCAGCUUUCCGGAUGUCACGCACUCCCGCUCGCUCGCAGCCGUGACGUCGCACCCGGAGAACCUGUUCUUUAUCGGCGGCGCCACGCAGGCGGCGCAAAAGAGUGUGUCGUCCUCUGCCACCGCGGCGCUGCGAAGUCGCUCGGAUCGCUCCAAGGGAGUGUCUCUGAUGAUGAGUAGUGGCAUCGGGCUGGACCUUGUUAUCGCGCGCAUUCGCGAGGGCGCGCUGCGCUUUGGCGGCCGGUUGGGCCUUCGCACCUUCUCGAAGGCGCUGCGAACUGCCUGCAACGAGCACCGCAGGACGCUGCUCAGUCGAGAGCAGCUGCUCCGCGGCGUUCACCUUAUGGGCGUGGUGAUGCAGCCAAUGGAACUGGACGCCGUGUUCAAGAGGCUUGACCGUGUCGGGGACGGCCUCGUUGUGGCGCAGGAUUUCCUUCGCGAGGUGCGGGGGGACGCGCCUCCGCACCGGCUAGACGCCGUUAUCGAGGCUUUUCAGCGGCUCACCAUCGAGGGUGGCGGCUCCGUCGACUACAAGGAUAUGCUCAGUCUGUACAGGUUUAACGCAUCCCAGCUGCCGGACGUGGAGGAGGGCGUGAUCAGCGUCGCCGAGGCCGUCUUCGACUUCGUCAAUAGCUGGCCCGGCAAGAACGACAUGGCCACCGUGACGCUGGAGGAGUUUGUGGCGUACUACACAGACGUCUCGCCGGCCGUGGACGAUGAUGCACGGUUUCUGGCGACGUUGCAACGGUGCUGGACGAUACCUGAAACCAACGCCUACAAAAGUGGGCAGCCCCGCCGGCACGUCACGGUGUUUCACACCGAUGACACCACGGAUAUCAUUGCAAUCCCAGAUUCCUUGGUCAUAGAUAUUCGUGAUGCCGCCAUUGUUCGAGAGGUGUUGCUGCAGCAUGGUGUGAGAGACAUCAAAGACAUUCAGGCUACCAUGUAG